UUUCCGUCUUGUUCACCGCGCCCCGCGUCCAUCUUGAAUUUUUCGGUUCGGGAAGUUAUAACUGAACGGUUUCAUCCGAGCGGUAUCUUUCGUAGCUUUGCCCAUCGACAUGUCUAAAAAAGACAACUUGGUUUACAAGGCCAAGUUGGCCGAGCAGGCUGAGCGUUAUGACGAGAUGAAAGAUCAUAUGAAGGAAAUUGCACUGGAAGGUGGAGAACUUUCGAUAGAAGAACGCAACUUACUCUCAGUUGCCUACAAGAAUGUCAUUGGUGCGAGAAGAGCUUCUUGGCGCGUUCUCUCAAGCCUGGAGAAAACCCAAAACGACGAACCCAAGAAGGAAGUAAUAAAAACAUACAAAGAGAGCGUGGAAACGGAAUUAAAGGGCAUCUGCAGUGAAAUUUUAGAAUUAUUGGAUGGCAACCUGAUAGAAAACGCCAAAGAUCCGGAAUCGAAAGUCUUCUACCACAAAAUGAAGGGAGACUACUGGCGCUAUCAGGCUGAGUUUCUUCCUGACAAAAAGGAUGAUGAGUCAGUUCCUAAAGAAAUUGCCAAGUCUCUUAAGGCUUACGAAGAUGCUCAUGAACAUGCCAAGGAGCUGCCAUGUACACAUCCAAUAAGACUGGGACUGGCUCUCAACUUUUCCGUUUUCUAUUAUGAGAUAAAGAAUGAACCAGAUAAAGCAUGUAAAUUGGCAAAGGAAGCAUUUGAUGAAGCUAUUGCUGCACUUGAACUACUGUCAGAGGACAAGUAUAAGGAUAGCACUUUAAUUAUGCAGCUCCUUAGGGACAACUUGACUCUGUGGACAUCAGAGACCCAAGGAGAAGACAUUGAAGUGCAAGAUGUAGAAGACAAGGAUUCCUGAAGAAUUCCAAGGAAGAAUGGAGACAUCUUAAUUAGUUUAUAGGACAUGAAUAUCCACUUGCAUCUUUUUUUUUUUGUCAUUGUUGUAGAGUGAGCAUCACGGAAUGUGAAUGAUUCCUGCAUGGGUUUAUGCUUAGGUUUUUAGUUAGCAGCACAUGCUUGGCUUUGCGCCUGUUCAGCCAUUUCUCAACAACAACCAUGUUUCAUAUCAGUUUGAAGUACAUUUAAGUGUAACAUGGCAGUGUAGAUAUGGCUCAGGCCACUCUUGUGUCAACUAAACUCCAACAGAAAGUCCCAGCAAGGAAGCCUAACUAAUUUGUAAAUUAUUUCCAGUUCUCUUUCCAUGGAUUCUUAGUGUUUCUAAGAGAUAAGUGAUGAUUAUUUUAGAUCUUAAAUGUAUUUUCAUCCAUAUUUCCCCUUGUACAUAGGGAAUUGUAUGAUUUACUUUCUUCUUUGAGAUAUUAAAGUGAAGUAUAGAUAUUGCUGUACGUAUGCAUUUUUUAGCAAUAAAGCUUAAGGUGGACCUGGAAGUGGGUCAGUUACUUUUGGUAUUUCCAAUAAGUUGAUGAGCAUCAGGAGAGAGAGUCCAUUUUCACAAAGUACUUUUAAAACAGAUAUCGUAGAAAUAAACAUGUUCAGUCCUAGCAUGCAACAUUUAGUGUCAUUUAGUGUAUUUGAUGUUUUGAAUCUGGUAUUUGACAGACUUUGGAUUAGUAACCAUCAAAGUCAAUCCGAUUUAAUUAUCUUGAUAAUAAAUUAAAGUAUGGCUCUAUA